AAAGCUAUAAAAGAACCCACAGAAGCCUCUGCCUAAAGCUUUCUCAGACUUUCUCUUCACUUAAAACCCAAUUCAUUUCACACCCAACAAACAUAUUAUUAAAACUCAAUCAGAAAAACAAACCAAACUUAUUAAACCCCACCUCUCUCUCUCUCUCUCUCUCUCUCUCUCUAUAUGGACUUUCACCUCAAGCAAUGGAGAAACCAGCAGCAUGAGUCAGAGGAACAACAUUCUGCAAAGAUACCAAAACUUCACCUAGAGCCCCAUCCACACUCAGAGCCAUCUGGGUAUGCUCUCCCUCUGUUUGUUCCUGAGCCCAACAGCAAAAUGAUCAGCACCCUGUCAGCGUUUUCUGAAUCUACACCAGCAUCUGCCUCCACCAGAUUUCCCAAAAUGGGGAGCUAUUUCAGCUUCUCCCAGUUGCAGGAGCUUGAGCUGCAGGCUUUGAUAUUCAGGUACAUGUUAGCUGGUGCUGCUGUUCCUCCUGAACUUCUUCAGCCAAUCAGGAAAAGCCUUCUCCACUCUCCUCCAUAUUUCCUCCACCACCCUCUUCAACAGUACCCUCAUUUUCAGCCUGCUUUGUUGCAAUCAGGGUAUUGGGGAAGAGCAGCCAUGGAUCCAGAGCCAACAAGGUGUAGAAGGACAGAUGGCAAGAAAUGGAGGUGUUCUAGAGAUGUGGUGGCUGGUCAGAAGUACUGUGAGCGCCAUGUGCACCGUGGCAGAAACCGUUCAAGAAAGCCUGUGGAAGCCACCACUGCUACUGCUGGUGGUGGUGGUGGAGGGACUAGUGAUAUUGCUACCAACACCACCACCAAGACAUCAUCUGGUGGGGCCCAUUUUACUCUUUCUGGGUCAUCAUCAUCCCCUUCAAUUGAUCUGCUUCAUCUCAACCAGAGUUCCUCAGAGUCCAAAGCUGAGAACAUGAGCCUCUUUGAACACCGCAGUGAGGUCUCCGGGAGCACUAAAUCCGACAGCCAUGUCUUGCGGCCUUUUUUUGAUGACUGGCCGGGGAAGCUCCAAGAACUGGACAAUGCACGAAACAAUGCUGGCUCAAUGAACUCUGCCACCAGCCUCUCCAUUUCGAUAAGGGGAAAUUCCUCCUCGGAUGUGUCACUGAAAUUGUCUACCGGCAAUGGAGUCGAGACAGGGCUCCAGGACGGCCAUGCUGAGCGCGAGCAGCCACAAUUGAAUUGGCCUGCCGGAUGGGGAACAAACCAAAUGGCUUCCAUGGGAGGGCCGCUUGCGGAGGCCCUUAGGUCCUCCUCCAACUCCAAUUCCUCACCAACCAGUGUUCUACAUCAGUUGCCCCGCAGCUCCGCCUCGGAAACUAGCUUUAUCAGCACUUGAAUAUCACCACAUCAGAGUCCCAGCGAGCUUCUCUUAGUUGCUUGUGUAAAUUGCUCGCAUUAUUUUUCUUAACUGGAUGAGUUCUGUGGAUGUUUAACGAUGAACAACUUUGUUGCUUAUUUUUUUAAAUGUGCGAUUGCAAAUUA